AUGAAAAAGACAUUGUUUGAGAUUGCCGCAGGGUUCGUGUUUUACACAUGCCAUUGGCCGGAGACAAAGCCCGGCCAUCAAGAAAGGAGCUUGCAGCUGGUAGAUUUUUCAGCUGUCAGAUUUGAGGAUUUGGAGGGCGGCAAAGAGGAGGAGGAGGAGGAGGAGGAGAUGUGUAGUGUUUGCUUGGUGGAGUUCGAGAGGCAAGAUUUGGUCUUUGGUCUUAGCUGCAAUUAA